UUUAAUUAUAAUAUUAACCGCAAAAAUUUCUAAAUCCUCCCCCGGUUGUAUAAAGGUGAAUGGAGACAUAUCAGUCAGGAUAAAAGGACGCAGCUCUCAAACCUCCCACGGACUUUGCAGUGAAAGCUCGCCAAAGCAGCACACGAUCCCAUGAUGAUGGAAGAAGAGACAACUAUGAUGGCGGCACUCUCUACCCUCGGCCCUUCUCAACUCUCAGAUCUCAGCUACUCCAUCCUCUCCCUCUCUUUCCACCAACGCCGACGCCUUUGUUUCCUCCUUUCCUCCCCUUGUCUCUUCUCUCUCACCCUCCACCACCUUCACUCUCUCUCCCUUCCCAACAAAACCCUUCUCAUUGCCCGCCACCUCCUCUUUUCCCUCCACCAUAUCACACGGCACUUCCAGCCUCCGCCACUACGUCCGAUACAGUUUUCCGCCGCCAUGAAACACCGUGACCUUGACGCCGUGCUCCUCCUCCUCUUUCUUUGUGAAACACACCAACAUAACCCAAAAGCGCUCCAGAGACCCCACGCUGAAUGGCGCAAAGUCUUAAGUAACAUCUGCUCUGAUACUAUGUUAAGGAUCACUGGUAUUACCAGUGUCUUUGAUGGAGCUGCUUUGAUUCCGUACAUCGAAAUGGUGACAAGGUGUAGAAGGUUCGUUGGAAUAUUGGGUUGUGGCGGGAAGGAGGGAAGAGAGGUGGCGGCAUCACCGGUAGCAGUGGUGGCUUUGCCAACGGUGGAGGUGAGACGGGGUGGAGUUGAGUGUGUGAUAUGCAAGGAGGAAAUGAGAGAAGGAAGAGACGUUUGUAAGUUGCCAUGCCAGCACUUGUUUCACUGGAUGUGCAUAUUGCCUUGGCUGAAGAAGAAGAACACGUGCCCCUGCUGCAGGUUCCAGCUUCCCUGUGAUGACAUAUUUGAUGAGAUCCAUCGGCUGUGGGGAGUCCUGGUCAAGGCGAGUGGCAAAAGUCUUGAUGGAGAAUGGACAUGAUUGAUCAAUCAUGAUUAUCAUUAGAACACGUGGGAGAAUCAGUAUGGCGCCGGACGUUGAUGCAAAAGGAUGUAGCACAUGCCUAAGAUAUUGGGUUGGGAGGUUUUUCCAGUAAAUGGUUGAGAUGAAUUGGGUGGAGAUGAUCACUUGCUCUUAUGAUAAAGACACAUGUGGAUGUGGUUAGGUUCAUAGAGGCUCUUUCAGAUUUUAAUUUUGUUAUUAUCUUUCAUUAUCAUAAUUUAUUAUUAAUUGGCUUUUUUUUUGGUAUGUAUAGCAGCAAAAUAAACAUUGGGUUUUGCUGAAAUUUAGAAGAAAGUAAACCAUUUGUUUGCUUUUAUAUUAUACAUGGCAUUUUAACUUUAUAUAGUCUUGUAGAUUUUAA